AUGCUUACAAGGGAAGGUCCCCAGGUGUUUCCCUGGGAUUUCAAAAAUCAAAUUCGUUCGAUCUUUCAAAUGGGUUUAGGUAGUAGUUCAGUCAAAAUCCCUGGUGGUGGUACUGAAGGUUUUCAUGUUUUACGAGUGCAAGAUGGUUCACCCGGUCAUAAAGCUGGAUUAGAAGCUUAUUUCGAUUUUAUUGUGACAAUAAAUGGAAUACGUUUAGAUCAAGAUAAUGAUACAUUUAAAGAAGUUCUAAAACAAAAUGUUGCAAAACCAGUAGAGCUAUUAGUAUACAGUAGUAAAACGCAAACUGUACGCCAAUUAGCGUUAAUACCGCACGAAGGUUGGGGUGGUCAGGGGUUACUCGGUCUUAGUAUUAGAUUUUGCACAUUUGAUAAAGCAAAUGAAAAUGUCUGGCAUGUUCUUGAUGUCCAACAACAUUCGCCCGCAUCGUUAGCUGGUUUACGUUCGUUCACCGAUUACAUUAUUGGUGCCGACACUUUAUUAAAUGAUUCAGAAGAUUUAUUUACGCUAAUUGAAGGGAAUGAAGGCAAACAAUUGAAAUUAUAUGUUUAUAAUAGUGAAAGUGAUAUGACUAGAGAAGUCACAUUAACACCAAAUGCUGGCUGGGGUGGAGAAGGUUCGCUGGGAUGCGGCAUCGGCUAUGGAUAUUUACAUCGAAUUCCGAUAAGAACUUUUACAAAUCUUCCAUCAGCAACGCCAAAUUCACAAAUGAAUGGAACAUCGUCCGUUGAUCCAUUUAAACAAUCACAACAGCAAAUUUCUCAGACAAAUCUUGCACAAACAUCAACAGUUGUCGGACAACCGCUGCUGGCAUCUGUUCCACAACCGGGUAAUAUGAAUCAAGGACUUGGUUUCACGUUACAACCAAUACAUUUACCUGGUUUUCCCCCGAUAACUGUCUCAAUGCCAAUGUUCAUGCCAUCGACAGGAUCGAUCACAACAACAGCAAACACGAACGAAGCAUUUUCCCAGAUAAAGUCAGCUUCAGCGACACCGCAUCCAACUACAACAACGAAUCAAAAUUCUGAUCCUAGUCAAUUUGCUAAGUAUUUUGGAGAUCUAACGAUAAAUCCAGUAACAGCCCCGACAACUAGUUCAACAUCAUCUUUUGUAAACCGAAGCAAUAAUGAUAUGCAUUUUUCAUCGAAUGAACAACAACAAACAAAUGCCGUGCAUCCUCCAUUAUCAGCAUUUAAUAUGCCCGAUCAAAGACAACAACAGUAUUUUCAACCAGCAACAAUUCAUGUUCCUUUAACAAGUACCGUUUCUGAUCUUCCUUUGUUUUCCGCCCCAUUAUUAGGCGAACAACAACAACAUCAAUUUUCUCAACAUCCACAACAACAACAGCAACCAAUGAUGCCUCCAUUUCAAUUAAAUACAAUGUAUUCAUCAACAAUGCCACAAUCGUUUUCACCAUCAGCUAUGGCUCCAAUACAAUCUGCUGUUUCUUCUAUUUCGCCUCCAAUAGAACCAUCUGCAUCCUCUCAGCAAGAGGUCUUUACACAGUCUUCUUCUUUAGGUGACCACGGUCAUUCUCAUUACCAUGACAAACGUAUGGCGGAUAAUCCUGAUAAAUUGGGAACAAUUUGUUUAAGAAAACUUCGUACAUUAAUAAAAGCUGAUGAAUAUAAUUGGAAAAAAUAUGUUGAAGAAAAAAUACAACAAAUAGAUAGUACUAAUAUACGGCCAACAAAGUAUCAAUCUGAAACAAAUGUAAAACUAUUUGCUUCUGAUAAUGCAAUGGAUAGUUCAAUGGUAAAGUAUGAUAAACAUCAAAUUAAUUUAUCCAACAGUGAUCAUACUACUAAUCAAAAUUUACAUGAAAAAACAUUAUAUUUUUUUCGUGAUUAUUUUCUACAACGUGAUUAUCAAUUGAAUACAAUUUUAAGUGAACGUCUUUUUGAUUAUAUGACAUCAAUUGAUUUAUUAAAUGAUUUUACAUUAAGUUUAUUUUCUAAAAAUAUCACAUGUCUAAAACGUGUAACAUUAAAUGUCAAAUAUUUAUCAAGUUUAGAAUGUCGAAUAUUGAAUGUACAUAAUUUAAAUGAAUUGAAUAUAUUAUUUAAUCAAAAUCAUUAUCAUAAAAAUCAAACAAGUUUUCAAUUAUUAUCUACAUUAUCAAAACGAAAAAUAACUGAAAUGGAAAUUGAUGAUAUGGAAGAUAAUGAUGAAGAUCGUUUUUAUCAUGCAAUUUCUCCAUCACCUAAUAAUACAAUGGAACAAAUUUAUCAUGCUUAUUCACCAUAUAUUAUGAGACGAUUACAACGUUUACAAACACGUAAAACGUCAAAUCGUUCAAUAUCAAGUAGAACAAGUUAUUCUAUGCAAACAAAAUUAUUUAAUCCAUUAACAAUAUCAGAUGAAUUUUCACAUCAUAAAUUAUUAUAUGGGAUAUUAACAAAUUUAAAUUCAUGGACAAUUCAAAAUUUAAAAAUAUUAAAUAUAUCUUAUUAUAAAUUUUUUGCACCAGAAUAUGGUACAAAACGAAUUCCAGCAAUAAACAGGUAUAAAAGAGAAUUUUAAUUCUAUAGUUUUUAAUUUUUUAAACAUAAGUUUUUAGUUUUACUCAUCGAGUCAGCACGAGAAUUUAAUUAUUCGAUUUAAUACUAAUAGAUAUGUUUUACAAUCGCCUAUUCGUUACAGAAAAGCCCAAACCUUGGAAACUUGGACUGGUUCUUACUACGCGCGCAGUCCUAACAUGUUGUAAAAUAUAUCUAUUAGUAUCAAACAAGUCAAGUUUAAAAAAUCAAAAUGAUUUUUUUUCCUUUAACCGCAAUAAACUCGCGUGAUUCAUAGAGAAUUGUGACAAUAUGUUUGUCUUUCUCUAGAUACGUUAGAAUGUUAUCACCGUUUUAUUUCGGUGAUGUUCUACGUAUAUAAUCUCAACAUGAGUUGAGUGAAAAGUUACAGAAAGG